GCUUUGAACCGACAUCUUCGCUCCAGCGACACGCGGUGUGACGGAUCCGCAUAAUGUGAGAUCUCACCCGCGUAUCGAUCGUCCAAUCACACGAUGAGGAUGUCCGAUUCUACCUUUCUACUUUCCGGGUAUCGAUCGUUGUAUCGCCGUCAUACCGAGCAUCCGAAAUGUUACUAUGGGGUUGCAGUUUUCUUUUGGAGUGGGAUUUUGUCCUCAGCGAAGGGUUCAAAGCUGCGUGUUCACUGUUUAGCAUGUGCUGACUUCAAGGGAUAUCCUAAGAUAAGUGAGUCGGUCCGAAGUCUGAUUAUAGAUGCGAUAGACGUACGAUAUACACGCGAUGCAGGUUCCCAACACCCUUCAUGCCCAAAAUAUGACACGCCAUUACUCGUCACACCGCCAAAUACCAACCGAUAUCACCGGAUACUUGGAGUGUCUGGAAAUAAUCACCAGAACGCAACUGUCUUUGGUAGCCAAGUAGUCUGUUCUCCACAGUCAAGACACACGAAAUGUCGGCAACACCAUGCCGUUAGUUAUAUGGCUCGAAUUAUCCUCCAACAAAGACCAUGCACAACGUACUUUGAAUCGCCAACUGCUUGGGUCUUGAGCCUGCGACUCUCUGAUUUUCAAUACUCACAUACUAGUUGUACAUCACAUUCUCGCCCUAUGGCACUUCCUCACACCCUGUGAAGAGUUUGACUCUCUAGUUGAUUACCAAACAAAUGUGCUACCGUCAAACCAGAACCUUGGUCUUUCGGACAUGGCCAUGCUUUACCGUCCAAUAGUAGUCUUGUUUUCUAGUGGUAAGGCUCAAAAGCUCGCUACUUCCACAAUGAAUGUCGCUUUGACUUUGAAACAGAGGAGUUGGUCAAAAAUUCCAUGCCGUUCGACCACCA